AUGCCGAGAAAGCUGUGUCCGCCGGAAGCAAGUCCGCGCGCCCUUGCCGCCGCGCAACGCGGCGUGGGCAGCGGCGCGCGUGAAUCGGGUGAUCCCGCGGAGCCCUGCCAGCGCUGGCCCUCCCUUGAGGCGGGCGCCGCACGCGAUGCUGCGCGCGCCGAGACGCACGCGGCGAGUGGGACGAGCGGCGGAGGCGACGCUGCUAAAGGCGCGGGGUGGCGGGGCAUGGCGGCGGACGGGGCGGCGGAGCGCAUGGGCCGUGGCGGGGAGGUGGGGGGCGGCGCUUGGGCGCGGGUGGCACGCGGUGGACAGGCGGUGAGCAGCAUGGUGCACGCGGGAGGGGCGUGCGGAGGGGAACGACCGCCACGUCGCCUGCUGUGCUCCGCACCUUCCCUCGGCGCCGCUGCUGCCGUGGAUGGCGGUAGCGGCAGCAGCAGUGGCAGUAUGGAGAUCUUUAACCGCCGGCUGAAGGCGAUGCAGGUGAUGAUGUGCAUGGGGGUGCAACGAGCCAUCCGUCGCUCCCAUGCCGCCCAGCUGCACGUGUGGUCACCCACGACUGUGCUGCUGCGCUCACUCCCACCGCCCGUCUGCUGCGCUCACUCCCACCGCCCGUCUGCUGCGCUCACUCCCACCGCCCGUCUGCUGCGCUCACUCCCACCGCCCGUCUGCUGCGCUCACUCCCACCGCCCGUCUGCUGCGCUCACUCCCACCGCCCGUCUGCUGCGCCUCUGCCCGUCAUUGCCCACCUCGUGUUGCAGCGUGACAGAGCAGCGGCUGACAUGGCAUUGCCUGAUGACGAGGUGCCACGACUGUCGGCGCACCUUCUCCUCCGUGCUGCUGCUGGGCGGGGCUGCGCUGCCCUCUGUGCUCACCACGCUGCUGCGCACCCACCCGGCUGUGCAGCGAGUGGUGGUGGUGGACGUGUCCCCCACGGCCCUCGCACUGGCGCGCGCCCACCUGCCUGCCCACGCCGCCUGCUGCAAUGACGCCCCCACUGCCACCGAUCACACCUGGACUCCGCACCACACUGAACACCCAGCAGCAGCGAGGGUGCAGGUGGCGUUUGUGCUGGCAGACGAGGAGCACCUGCCCUUCCACGCCAGCUCGUUUGACGCGGUGAUAUCAUGUGUGGGGCUGCACUGGGUCAACGACCUGCCCGCCGCCAUGACGCACAUCAGGAGGGCGCUGAAGCCAGACGGGCUCUUCCUCGCCGCCAUGCUGGGCGGCGACACCCUCAGGGAGCUGCGCAUAGCAUGCACGUUGGCGCACAUGGAGAGGCAGGGUGGUGUGGCGGCUCGAGUGGCCCCCAUGGCUCAGGUACGAGAUGCGGGCAGUCUACUCACCAGAGCCGGCUUCGCGCUGCCCACAGUGGAUGUCGACGAAUUCCCCGUCGCCUACCCCUCAGGCGUGCAGGUGCAGCACCUGCGAUCGCUGGGCGAGACUGACUGCACUCUGCACCACGCGCAGGUGGGAGCACACCCUGCUGCCAUGUGCGCCCAGCCGUUGCCCCGUGACACGGCGCUGGCAGCAGCAGCCAUCUACGCGCACAUGUUCCCCGCCCGCCCUCCCUCCUCACACGCUCAUUCGCCACCAGACCUUGCUCCUGGUGCAGAGGCGAGGGGGGACGAACAACAAGAGAGGGAUGAAGAUGGGGUUGUUGCAACAUUUCAGGUCAUCUUCAUGGCGGGCUGGGCGCCCCACGAGUCGCAGCAGAGGGCUCGCCCUCGUGGAUCCGCGGCCAUGUCUCUGCACGCCCUGCACCACUCUCUGCCUGCCUAG